CUCUCUCGCCUGCGCUGGCUCCAAAUCGAAACAGAAGAGAGAGAGAGCGGCGGACAAUGAUAAGAAGAGGGGAAGCCCUUGGGGAUCACAGCGGCAUCCAGAGAAAAAAGGGGAUUAGGGUUUCGGUUCUUCAAUUCGAUCAGGAGGAAGAGAGCAAAGAAAAGAAGUAGAAACAAUGUCGCCAGCAGAGACUUCCCGUGAGGAGAACGUGUACAUGGCCAAGCUGGCGGAGCAGGCCGAGAGGUACGAGGAGAUGGUGGAGUUCAUGGAGAAGGUCGCGAAGACGGGGGACAAUGAGGAGCUCACUGUGGAAGAGCGCAACCUCCUCUCUGUAGCCUAUAAGAAUGUGAUUGGUGCCCGUCGUGCCUCGUGGCGCAUCAUCUCCUCCAUUGAGCAGAAGGAGGAGAGCCGUGGGAAUGAGGACCAUGUGGCUGCAAUCAAGGAAUACCGUGGCAAGAUUGAAACUGAGCUUAGCAAGAUCUGCGAUGGGAUCUUAAAGCUCCUUGAGGCCAACCUCAUCCCAUCUUCCACUGCAGCAGAGUCGAAGGUGUUCUACCUGAAGAUGAAGGGUGAUUACCACAGGUACCUCGCUGAAUUUAAGACUGGAGCUGAAAGGAAGGAGGCAGCGGAGAGCACAUUGGUGGCAUACAAAUCCGCUCAGGACAUUGCUCUGGCUGAGCUGGCUCCAACUCACCCCAUAAGGCUGGGUCUUGCCCUUAACUUCUCAGUUUUCUAUUAUGAGAUCCUGAACUCACCAGACCGCGCAUGCAAUCUUGCUAAGCAGGCUUUUGAUGAGGCCAUCUCUGAGCUGGACACCUUGGGUGAAGAAUCCUACAAGGACAGUACAUUGAUAAUGCAACUUCUCCGUGACAACUUGACAUUGUGGACCUCCGACAUCACGGAGGAUGCUGGGGAUGAAAUCAAAGAAGCACCGAAACGUGAAGGAGAAGGCCAGUGAUAAUGUCGCAACCAUCUGGCCAGGAAACAAGACAAUCUGAUAUUGGCCACUUGGAUGAAUCUGGUUUUCUUCACUAAAAUCUAUUGUUCUCCUAGUGUAGAUUUAGUCACCUCCUUCCAGAGAUUGGAGAUUGUUACCCAGAAACUGCUGUGUGUUUGAACCUUGCAAUAUUUAUUUCACUAUUUGUCUUACCAAAAUCAUGUGUGUUCACUUCUUGUGCGACAUCUGCUUUGCUUUGUCUUUUGGAUGUUGUUGCUGUUGUUGUUAGUGACAAGGAAAAGAGGUGGAAAUUAUUUUGGUCUAUUGAAAGAUUGAUAAUAUUGCUCUUUA